AUGCAUAUCAAAAACAUCAUUUUCCCCCUCUCCCUCGCUGCCACCACCACGGCUCUGCCCGCCGCUCAACCCAACACCUUCACUCUCGUUGCAGUCAACCCCGGCUCAGACGUUGAUGGCACUUCCUUGAACGCUGCCCAGAGAAGCAUCUUCGCGGGGCUGGCUUCCCGGAAUGCCGAUUGUGCCCGCGCAGAGAAACAAGUCGCCACGUUCUACAUCAAGGAUGAGGCACUUUACCUCUAUGGAAAGUCCGAGUCUCCACAAGAGCUUUAUGUUGAUCGUUCGGGAAUGGGGCAAGGUAGACUUGGGUAUACCACCGGUGCUGAACCUGACUCCAGGAACGCCGAGCGAGAGGGUUGGGCAAUCGAAGGCGGGAAUCUCCAGUUCUCAGGAAGUGAUCUGAUUGCUUGCCCGAAGAGCGUCGGUGAUUCUUGGUCUAUUUGGGUUUCUGCUGGUGUGUCCAACCCUGGUGGAAACAGUGACUGUGUUGGCAUCACUGCUCGGGUUCAGGAGGCCCCGAAUCCUAACGCAUGUACCUACACUUCGUGA